CGCCCCCUCUAGGCUGCUUUUCUGGGUCUAUUUUACUUACAGUGCAUGCUGUCACACUAACACGAUUAGUAUUGAUCUCGACAUGGACGGAUGGUCCCCAGCGGACUCAUCUCUUGCUAAAGCGAAGCUGGCACCGCAUUUGAGGUUGGAAAUACAAGAGCCAGAAACCGGGUAUGGUCGCACCAGCACGGAAAAGAUAUCACCAGAUUCUUUGUCGCCCUUUGAUUCCUCUGGCCCUCCCGUACCUGCUACCCCAUCCAGUCCGCAUGACAAAUCCUCACCAACCGCCCACUUGGCAAAGGCUAUAUCCUCUCAUAUACCCCAUCAUGCCAUAGAAGAAUCUAGGAAGUUACUUGCACUAGUUUUACAAGAGCUUGAUGCUCGACCGCGACCACCGACAGUGUUUGAGACUUCUGGUUACUUACCAACUGAAGUGUCCCAGAAGACGUUCGCCAAGGUUAUUAAAACUUUCAAGGGCACCCCGCCUGUAGGCUACUCUGCUUCACAGAGUUCAAAAAUAAAGGAAUACAGUGACGAUGAAGAAGAUGAUGACUCUAUCUUCUCAUCGGAAGCCACCUUCGACUUGAUGCAUAGACUUCGGGAAAUCUUGUAUUUCGCUGCUGCUCAGGGUUGGAAGAUACUUGAAGAGACGCUUUCACUUGGGGACCGCCAUGGGUCGCUCAACAGAGGCUCAUCUUCUCCCUUCCGGUUUCGCAGUUCCAGUCGAAGGAGCAGUUUUACCGGCGAGCGAAAUCGCUCUCAGUCUCCGGAAUCUCGAGUACAGCAUUCUCAGCUGUUCACUCAUUGCAUGUCCAUCUUAUCAUCAAUAGUACUGGAGGACUGUCGAUUCAAGAUUGCUUCUCCCCGACCUUCCAAGCCCCCCUUUGCUCUACAGUUAGUUACCUUGGAUGUCACAAGAUAUAUGAUCCUUUUGCACAGCGGUGAACACGACACAAUAACUCGUAUAGCCUCCGCGGUACUUCCCGCCUUUUCUACAUUCCCUCGUGAAAUGCGACCAAGCCUGGUGGCUUUUUUUGAGCAGAUUGUUGUCAGAACGGUGUUCGAAGGGCUUGAGGCUACCGCCAGUGAAGCUAGAUCUAAAGAGCAACAACACGAAAACGCUCCGCACCAAUCGUUGGUUCCUUCAGUUUCUAUUCAUAUUGACGAGGCACCGGGCGACACCUUCGGCGCGUUGGGCAGUGAUUGGCAACCAUGGCACUUGCCAGACACUGACCGAUCGCCAUUGGGUUCGUUUGCUGCACCUUUUCAUUCUUAUCCGGUAUACGUUAUAUCAUCCUUUGCUGCUCCCUUGCUUGCAGCCUUGCUUGACACAGUGGAUCUCGAGUCCGCGGAUGCACUAACAUUGUAUCGUGUCAAUCGUCUGAUCAGGGCAAUAAUCGACAAGAAGAGGGAUGCCUACCUCGAUCUUCUUGAAGUGGUGGCUUACCACAGCUCAAGGAGUAGGUACACGGCGUUGGCUUUGCUAUCAACAUUCUGGCCACGAGCCUUGGGUCACAACACGGUUUCACAAGCUCUCCCUACGUUGGCUGGGGCGAGAUUAGAAAUGGAGAACGCGAGUACCGUUCGGGGCUGCCAUUACGCGCAUGAAUUUGUCAUAUGGCGAUACCAAAGGAGUACUCCUACGACUUUCGAGGACCAUGGCUUGCAUAUCUGUCACAUGUGCUCUACCGCUAUUGACAAUAUGGGGCUCUUCUGCAUUGGAUGCAUGUGUGCUGUACAUUUUGACUGCUACGAAUAUCCUCAGGGCAACGCUGUUUGCGAGUACAUGUCGGACAAGGCAUCCGACACUCAAAAGGUUGCGGUCUACCGAUUCUGUCUAGUGCCAUCGUUCUUGCGGACUUCAGUCCCUGAACCUCAGAGCCGACAAGAUCAUUUGAUGGAGCUCGUGAACAUCUUUACCCUCACCCUCUGCUCUGUUUGUCGGAUGCCUAUCUGGGGCGUUCAAGCCCUCCAUUGCGGCCGUUGUCAAUUCUUUAUACACAUGUCUUGUCGCUCGUCAACUAGCCACCCUCUCCCCCCCUGCGAUUCUUUCAAACGUGAUGCAUCUCACAUGGUAACUCAGCUAUCUACUGUGCGACAAUCUUUCGCGGACUUCUAUGGCGACAUUUUCUUGUCUUCCGAGGACCUUGGUCGAAGGACAUACGAAGAAAUCUCAGUAUCGUUCGGAGUGCUCUGGAUGCAGUUGCAGAUACUUAACAACGGUUUGGCGUUGGGAUCCAUCAUCAUUGAGGCGGAUAAGCACGAUAGUGCCAACGACACCUCCGGAUUUGAACUGCAAUAUCUUGUUGAGCUAUACGAGGCAUAUCUCUCCUCUGGAAAACUCCCUGUAUCCGCUACUUUGGGGGAGUUCCUUCAAGAGUCUAAGCUACAACCUUCCAAGCAUGCGAUAAUGUUCGAUUGGCCGACACUCACCUAUAUGGCGUCAUGUAUCAAAUCACCUUUCGAAGCCCAGGCACCUUCCUUCGGCUCCCCAGGAGGGUACCUCAGCCCUUCGGGAGUAAUCGCCGGCAACGAGGGAAACCCUUCUGACAGCCGCGAGACUUUCAACGUCAUAACACUCUCUCAUGCACGUAAUGUGCUAGGGUACGAGCUCAAUCUCUUCUCAGACUCGGCAGCUGGAUACUGUCUGUCAUGGCUCAGUUCUCUUGGAAUGUUCAUGUCGAACGACACAGACCAGCUAGAAACGCCGAUUUUUAGUCAGCAGAGAGUGUGCGAACUUGAGUUCCCGCUGCCCCUUGGUUUUGACUUAUCGAUACACGUGGAAACCCUAGUAUGCAGCAUAGAAGCGUCCCUAUCCGACCUGAACUUGUCUGUGAAUGAAAUCGGCUUUCUGCUGCUGAGAAGAUUCUGGCCAAGUGGGAUGGCAUCCGAGUAUGCCCUUCUCAGAUUAGCACAAGCCAUCCUGAAGUGGGUAUUAGCAGAGGACGACAAUUUGGCCACUAUCUUACGUGAAUACGUCCCCCGUCGGCGAAAUCUGCCAGGCGUGCGUUCCCCCGCGGACCCACAGUCUUGGCCUUAUGAUCGUGGCACCCGUCGUGUGGCCGUAUCUUCGGCCAACAAUGGGGGAGACUAUGUCGCGUCAAGACGGUCGCUUCUUACCAAAUAUGCCGCUCCUUGGUUACUUGCUCUCCAUAACCAAGACGCGAGACUUUAUGCUUCCAUGGUGUAUGACGCCUUGGCCAGCAUCGCAAAAGACGCUUCACAAGCAGAUGUUCGGACGCCUGCUGUUUUAGCAGAAACUUUUACAAGGGCUUUGGUCAAAUUGACCUCCACACCGGUCCUAUUUAGCGCCCUCGAUGAUGUAUUCUUUUCGUUGCUAGAGCGCGCUAAUCCAGAACUAUAUUCUCAUGCAACUGUUCCUUCCCUUCCGCGGCUUUUUACUCGCGACGCUGAAUCAGGGUCACGGUUCACUACUGCUGAUCUACUACAGAGCACUAAACCCAAUACUUCCCCGGACUUCUGGCCCGGAAUCCUCAGAGCUGCAGCUUCCAAAGAAACAUAUCAACGUACUUUAAUGUGGCUCCAGCUACUUGCACUGUCAGGAGUUGAUAUCAGCACUUCUAUGUUCGGCAACUUCGUAGAUUUCGCUCAGAAACAUAAUGCCCCCAUGACUGAUUGUCUUGCUCUCGUUGAAGCGAUGUUCACGACCACUUGGAUAAGGUCACUCGGACGGCAGGACCUCCAAUCAAAAGUCUCCGCCCUGCACGUCUAUGUGGCACAGAAGUUGCUCCCUUGUUUGCAUUUACCAGAAGAGAUAGCGGAAUUUUGCACGUUUGUCCGCAAGUCGCUAGCUACUUGCUUACUACUCUAUGGCUGUGACCGGGUUGAGCUGAGUACGCUCGGCCUUCUUGACGAGGCUGACCUCAAAGAUUUCCCUUCAAGACGCAAACUGAACACGCGGAUAUCUAGUGCACAUGAUCCAAUCAUCAUGGACGCAGAGCUUUUGCAUGUGCUGGAGAACUAUGUCUCCACCGGAGUUCCAGAAGUAGCUGCAUCGAUUGCCAAGUUCAUUCAUGGCUUUUUUGCACAUGCCUCUUUACUAGAGCCGUAUGAGAUCGAUAACUUCAUUUUGCGGAAUGGACACGCGUUGCGCUCAUGUGUGUGGGGUUUUUACGAUAUCCGAGAUCACAACAUUAGUAGCAUCAGACUGUCAAUAUUGGUCCGACUUUUGGCGGUGGACCCGUUGCCCUUCCAGCAACUACUGAUAGAUACUCUCGACAUUAGGGACUAUUGGCAAAAACGAUUUCUUGCCAUGAAUAGACUUUUCCGAAUGGUUCUGGAUAUGUCCAGCCCUCUAGAAGUUGAAGAUCGACAGUGGAGAUCCAGCACUUUAGAGAUAUUCUAUCAUUGUUUUGGAGCCCUGUGGGCGAAUGAUAAUGAAGAGAUUCGUGCGGCUGCCAGCAGUUGGGCACAAACCUUACUACCAGCUCACCUUGAAGCAGUUUCGCGGUGUUGGGACGAAGCCUUCUCAUCCAUACCCAUCACAGAACGCUCGACACUCGUCUCUUUUCUUAUCCACCUUCAGCCGCAUUUUCCCACCUGGCGAGUUUUGUCAUGGGAAACAAUCAUUGAGGCCCUCCGCGAAGAUGACUACUCGCAGAGCGACCGCGCGAAUGACGAUGGUCCUGCUCAUGCUCAUUUUGAUAUGUAUGGCCUGUCAUCAAGAACAGCUUCGCAGCUUCGUGAUAAGGAUCAGGACACAGCCAAUGUACAGAAUUUACUACUGGUUCUCGCUUUCCGAAUGUUAAGUAGUGGCGUCAGCAUUGAUCUCUUUUCUAUGUUCACCCUCAAGUUUUAUUUGGUGAAGUUUGUCGGCUUUCUAGACGUCAGCUCAACCCAAGCUGCGAAUGGGCGAGCUCUCUCUGUCCGAUUCGACUCUUUCUCUCAGCUUCCCGAGUACGCCUUUCCUUGCAUCCAUGAGAUCCCUCGACUUCUGGACUCGGCUUAUCCAUAUGAUUUACCUCCCUCUGUUAUGGGAGGCUCGUUGCUUGAAGAUGAUGCGCCAUCGCCAGCCCUCAUUGGCACGGCUUUUGUGGAUGUCGCCUUGACUUUGUUCUGCUCUUUGGAGGAUAUGCAAUCGAUACCUAUUAUAGUUCAGAAAUCUCUGCUGGAAUCGAUGCUCAUCAUUGUCUACAAACAAGAUUUCCAAAAACCGACUCUAAUACCCCACGACACAAUGUUACGAAAAGUCAUACGAAAGGCUUUGGACACCAUACAUGGCGAUCUCAGUUACGAACUUCGACAAACCUCGCUGUCCAUUGUACAAAUCUAUUUCCAAAGAUGGCCUAGUGCUUUGAUGAUCGACGCUAUAGAGCAUUCGGCUGCUGUGAUAAUAUCGCUGGACAGCCACAACGAAGACGCAUUGGUAGCGCAAACUCGAGGUUUUCUAGCAGGCGUCUUGACGAACUUCCUCCCGAAUGGCAUAUUCUGCAGUUUGUGCAAGCGAGAUCUUCAGAACGACAUCUUCAAUGUCCUCAAAUAUGUCACGGAUUCAGAAGCAAGGCGUGCUACACCAUCAAAUAUGUCUUUAAAGGAAGCAUUGCUUCGUAGCGUGCUAUCUCAACCACCCGACGCAGACUGGAAGAUUAAUAACUUUACUGCCAAGAAUAUAUGCCAGUACGUUCAAGUCGUGUUCUACGAUGGUUAUGAUGACGCCUUAUUGAGAGAGAUUGGCGAUUGGCUGGCUCUCAUGGCUCGCCGUUCGUCCGGUCGUGGAUUCGAUAUAAAUAUUCUGCUUGACAUAGCGUCGGUCUUGCUCAGGCACCACGCCCUCCCUUGUCAAGAGUUCGUUCAGUCAGUAGCGAUCAUCAUGCGGAUCGCGUUGUCGAGAUUUGAAGUGCAGAAGGACAUCCUUCUAGAGUUCCUUCCUGUGACUGGCAAGAACGUUUCGUCGGCUCACCAUCGGAGGCAUGCACACUCUAGAGAAGUAGCUGAAGUGAUUUUGGAGGUAUUUGACGAAGUCCUCCGCAUGAAGUCGAGAGUCUCGCCCGUAACCCUGAAUGCAAUGGCCGAGGCUGUUCUUGCGAUUGACCCUGCUUCUCUGGAGCGUGUCGAUUGGCAAUAUAUGCUGUCUAUCACAAGCCUCACUGUCCCAGGGGCCUUGUUCCUCCUCCAGCAUGCGUGGUCACCUUCAGACUCGGAGAAAGAAUUUGGUGCUGCCAUGGGAAUUGCACGCCUCAUACUACGGAGCCAAGAACUGAAAGAAAAGGCAUUGCCAGCAUUGUCAGGAAAUGGAGAAGGCCUUGUUCAUCCAGGUCUCUGCGUCCGAACAUGGAAUAUUCUAGUACUCGCCGCAACUUCAGAGCCCCCAGGAUGCGGACAGCUCCUCCUGUCUCACUUCAAGAGGUUUGCACCUAUGUACUACAGAUCCUUAGAUGCCUUCGCCCGAGCGGGAGCUACCCCUCGUGAAUCUGCUCUCGCCGAAUUCGAACAUGCAUGCGUAGCACUGAAGCUUUGGUUAUUGCUUGCCCAUUCUGCAAUAACUCCGAGUGACGGUUCCGAUCAGCAGAUUACUGACAUAACCCAUAUGAUUUGGAAUGAGUUGUGGCCUGUCAUCGAGACACUCCUAGAUACCUACGGCGCAAGCGGCAAUGGCGAAGAUGAUUUUCCAUUCAUCAACUUGAUUUCCUCCUCUGCGGCGAAUUUACUUAUCUUCGUCCAUCAAUAUCAUCUGGUAGUAAAUGUGGACCUUUUGCCCCACAUUAGCUUGGUCCAACGGCAGCGCGAUUCGAUCCGGAAAAGCACAGUGGUGAACAAGUUGUCGCGCAUUUUGGAUGGAGAAACUUUUUCAGACGUCCAAUUCGAUGCCUUAACAUCGCAGGUGGCAAAGGACAUUAUAAGUGCGGAGAAAUUACGCACUCUCGACAGAGAGCCACAGAAAGCUGCUGGUGACCGGAAAAGGGACAGAGAAAUGCGAGGGGGGCUUUCAUAAAUAGGAAUAUGUAUACGAGGUAUAGGUAAAGACCAAGCCGAAUUACGAGUGCAAAUAGUGAAAUUAUGCUGCUCGAAGCUUGGCCUUUUGAGCCUUUUUCCGGUUUUCCUUGACGAUAGUUGACCCUAUGAAGAAGCCAAUGCCCGUCAAUCCUACUACCAAUAGGAAAGCUGGCAGACGAACUGCCCAUUCGCGGGUUGGAAAGUAGGCGUGUAUCGAACUAGAUGAAUCAAAAAAUGGUAGGAGGAGGGCCCAUACAGUGUAGUACACAAACACGAAGGCGGCCACGAAGAGCAUCGCGCCUCCGAGAGCUUUGUCGCUGGCAGC